CGUUGUGCACCAAUGCCAACAAUUUACCACCUACAGUUACGGCCUACGUCAUCCCCAUCUCCUUCCCCUCUCCAAUCUCCAAAAAAACAAGAAACGUCUCCUCGCCUCUUUCCUGUCUACGCAGUGUUCUAUAAUAGGAAAGGAAUCUUCCUUUCUUUCUCUCUCUAGAAUCUAGAGAGAGAAAGGUGUGCGCCAUGGGGGAGAAGGUACAGAAUGAUAAAGAUGGCGUAUCGUACGAUACAAAUACGACGCCCCGGGAAGGAGUCGUAGAGGGUAUGCCUUUGUUUGCUAAAGAGCUGAUCGCCGGUGGUGUCGCCGGAGGAGUCGCGAAGACAAUUGUUGCUCCUCUUGAGCGCGUCAAGAUCUUGUUUCAGACUAGAAGCGACUUUCACAAUAUAGGAUUGUUAGCAUCUUUUAGAAGGAUUGCAAAGACAGAAGGCCUUUUCGGGUUUUACAGAGGAAAUGGAGCUAGUGUUGCGAGAAUUGUUCCUUAUGCAGCCUUACAUUAUAUGGCAUAUGAACAAUAUAGAAGACAUAUUGACCAUAACUUUCCUGGAAUGGGAAGUGGUCCAGUUGUUGAUCUGUUAGCAGGAUCAUUAUCUGGAGGAACUGCUGUUCUUUUCACUUAUCCACUUGAUUUAGUUAGAACUAAAUUGGCUUACCAGGUUGUGGAUACUCCCAAAUUGAACAUGAAAGAGGCCAUGAGUAGCGAACAUGCAUUCAGAGGAAUUAGGGAUUGUUUUUCAAGAACUUAUAGAGAUGCUGGGAUUAGAGGGUUGUAUCGUGGUGUUGCUCCAUCACUCUAUGGAAUCUUUCCUUACUCGGGUUUGAAGUUUUACUUCUAUGAGAAAAUGAAAAGCCAUGUCCCCGGUGAUUACAGAAAAAACAUGAUGGUCAAACUUGCUUGUGGGUCCGUUGCUGGUUUACUUGGUCAAACUUUCACUUACCCUUUGGAUGUUGUCAGACGCCAAAUGCAGGUUCAACGUCUACAUGGCUCAAGCUCACAACUGAAAGGAACAAUGGGAACUCUUGUUAUGAUUGUCCAAAAAGAAGGAUGGAAACAUUUAUUUUCAGGAUUGAGCAUCAACUAUCUCAAGGUGGUGCCAUCAGUUGCAAUUGGAUUUACAGUCUAUGAUACUAUGAAAGUAUAUUUAAAGGUCCCACCACGAGAAAAAGCUAUUGUUGAAAUGGCCACAAAUAAAAGAGAGACCCAAACAACAACCUUGCCCUCAUCACAAUAAUUACAACUUUAACCUGGUAUUCUUUUUUCCAAUUAGUUUUAAGGUAAUUGAAAAUUGUAUAUUUGAUUCUUUUGUAAUCUAGCCUAGGUUCUAUUCCAAUGUAUAGGCACAACUAUCCUAUCCCCUCUUUGCAAUGAUUUGAGGGUGAGUUAAUAAUCCCUUAGAUUGAGAAUAAUCCAGGGCUAUAUAUAUGUUACAUGUCAAUUUCCAAACAAUGUACAUAAAAAAUAAGAUUUGUAAUUGUAUAUGUAACAUCCAUAUUUGAUAUCUAUAUUUCAAGAUAGUUAACUAUGUUACAUGUCAAUAUCCAAACAAUGUGCAUAUAAAAGAUUUACCAAUAAUCUCCACAAGAGCACAUACCAUCCUUAAAAUGAUGAAACCUUUUGUUGUCUCUUACAAUGAGCUCCCUCCCAACAAUCUUGGACAUAAUCUUGAUAGCAUUAUGACAAUCACCACAUAUCCUUAAAUUCUUGAUGAUCCUAAGAGUUGUUCUUGCUGGAGUACUAAUUAAACCAUAUGCAAUUGCUAACCUUUCACUGUGGUGCAUCAAGGCUUGUUCUUUAGCUUCUUGAUCAAUGUCAUGAAGAACGUAUCGGGUAUCCGGAACAUACCCUGCAUCUCUCAUUUGACCAUUUAAACCGUUUAAUUUCUUGUUUGAAUCUUCUUUGUAAGGAUCUGGAUUUCUGUAUUCAUAGACUCUGUUCUUCUUCCCUUCAAGCAUAUUAGUUGCAGAUUGAUUAAGUAAAGGAAUUUGAUGUAACACAAUUGAUGGUUGAAGGAAUGCUAUGGCUCGAUCUUCAAGCUCGAUAUCACCAUGGAUUCGAGCAGAAUUCAUCAAUGAUUCCCAUAUUUUGUAUGUAGGUUUAAUAGGAAUGUUUUCAAUGAACUCAAAAGCUUCGUUUAGAUGCCCGGAUUUCCCCAAAGCAUCGAUAACCCCUAGAUAAUGAUCAAUUUCUGGAUCUAGAUUGUAGUCGUUCUUCAUUGAUUUGAAGUGUUUGAAGCAUUCUUGAAUUGAAUUAACACUGGCACAUGCUGAUAAAAGUAAUCGGAAAGUCUCCUUGUUUGGAGUUAACUCCAGCUCUUUCAUCUGGUCGUAUAACAACAAACCUGCAUCGGGUUCCCCGUUAUCUGUGUAGCCCUUUAUCAUUGAAUGCCAUAAGUUUAAGUCAUCUCGUUCACGCAUUCUGUCGAACACCCUGCGUGCAUCCCUCAUGCUGUUGCAUUUUAUGUAUAGACCUAUCAAUUUAGAGUUCAAAUUCACAAAACCGUAGUACGGAGAUCGAAUAAGAAGCUGCUGGACCUUCUUCCCCAGUUCAAGAUCGUCACAUGAAUCCAAAACAAGCUCGAAAACAUCGGAACCUGCUGGCACACCUUGAGACAUAAAUUCAAUCGUUUCUUUAAUCGAGCCAUUUUUGCAUAGCGUCAUUAAAUCCACAUCCGGUGGCGGAGAUGGGGCGGUGUGUUUUUGUUUUGAGUUGUUUUUGGGAAGAGGUGGUGGUUUUGUGGAUGUGUUGAGGCGGCGAUUGGUGGUGCGUGUGGUGGCAUCGUUUCGGGAUGCGGUGCAGAGGGAUUUGGGAGUAGGAUUUGGAAGGUGAAAUGGAAAUUUGAGGUUGGUCUGUUUUGGUAUGCCAAAUUUGAAUUCAAUAGAAGAGAGAGAUGACGCCAUUGGAGAGCACGAGCUCUGGUUAGACCGUUAAACCAGAUAGAUGAUAAA